AUGUUUGGUGACCUUAUAAUGUGGUUAAACCUGUUGGGAAUGCUGAACCUGCUUGAGGCGAUGAAAGAACACAAGGUGCAGAAUCUGGUCUUCUCCGGUUCUUGCACAGUUUACGGACAUCCCGAAAAAAUCCCAGUUUCUGAGGAAGAGGUCGUCGGAAGUGUGAAAAAUCCGUAUGGCCGAACCAAGUUGUACUGCGAAGAAAUCAUGCAGGAUGUUGUUCAAGCUCAUCCGGAAUUCAACAUGAUUAGCUUGAGAUACUUCAAUCCCAUCGGAGCACAUCCAUCUGGAGAAAUGGGCGAAGACCCCAAGAAAAUCAACGCAAAUAUUGUCCCUUUUCUCGGCGAAGUAGCCAUUGGACAUGCAGAAAAAUUCACCGUUUUUGGAGACGAUUACGACACACCCGAUGGCACUUGUAUUCGGGAUUAUACACACAUCAUGGAUUUGGCAGAGGGUCACGUUUUGGCAAUGAAAAAGCUGGAAAAUGAGCGAGUUGGCUGGCGGGCGUAUAACCUUGGAAUUGGGAAAGGACUAUCGGUGAAAGAAAUAAUUGAUGCUUUUGAAGAAGCCAGUGGACGCAAGAUCAAAACUGCGGUGGUUGAAAGGCGUCCUUUCAAUAUAGACGCCCCGAAAGUCAUGGCUGAUCCAGGAAGGGCCAUGGCAGAAUUGGAUUAUGUGCCCAAGUGCACUGAUCCAGUACAAAUGUGCUGCAACACAAAUCAACCUUUUGAAGAGUGUAUAGAAAAAGUUUUGCAAAAAAAUUUGGCAAUGAGUGAAUCAAAAACUGUUUUGCUGACUGGAGGAGCCGGUUACAUUGGCAGUCAUUGUGCCCUGGUUCUUCUUCAACACGGAUACAAUGUGGUUGUGGUUGACAAUUUGGCCAAUAGUUUUGGUUCAGAAGACGGGACAAGAGCCUUUUCUCUUGAUCGAGUGCAAAAAUUGACAGGGAAACCGAUCGCUUUUCACAAUGUAGAUCUGUGCAACCGCAACGAACUUUUCAAAAUUUUUGACGAGCAUUCAAUUGAUGCCGUGAUUCAUUUUGCUGGCCAUAAGAGCGUCCAAAGAUCGUUGUACCAACCAUUCGACUACUAUGAGAACAACAUCAUGGCUUUGCUAAAUUUACUCAGGGCAAUGGAAGCUCACAAAGUUCGAAACAUCGUCUUCUCCGGAUCAAGUACCGUUUAUGGACAGACGGGAAAAGUUCCGGUCAACGAAGAUGAUCAUAUCGGAGCCAGGAAUCCGUAUGGCAGAACGAAAUUAUUUUGCGAACAAAUUAUGCAGGAUGUCCUCAGGGCAUAUCCGGAAUUCAACAUGAUUUCUCUGCGAUAUUUCAAUCCGAUCGGGGCUCACGAGUCCGGAGAAAUUGGCGAGGACUCGAAGAAACCAUGCGUGAAUAUUUUGCCGUGUUUGGCAGAAGCAGCCAUUGGGCAUGUGGAAACGUUUGCGAUUCUCGGAAAUGAUUACGACACUCCGGAUGGAACUUGUAUCAGGGAUUACACACACGUCAUGGACUUGGCCGACGGACACGUUUUAGCUAUGAAAAAGCUGGAGAACGAACACCUCGGUUGGGAUGUCUUCAACAUGGGCAUUGGCAGAGGAAUUUCUGUAAAGGAGCUGGUUGACGCUUUCCAGGAAGCCUCGGGAAAAAAGAUAAAUGCUGUGAUCGGCGAAAGACGGCCUUUCCAGAUCGACGCUCCGAAAAUGUUCACCGAUCCCAGCAAAGCUAUUCGGGAGCUUGGCUACAAACCGAAAUGCACCGAUCCAGUUGAGAUGUGUACGUAA